UGUGCUCUUGCUAUCUCAUUGUUCUUGCUUAUAGGUUUAUAGUUACAAAGUAAUAUAACAUAAUAUAAACACAAUAUAAAAAUUGUUUCUUUCAUUCGCAUUGUUUAUUAAAGCAAUCCUAAAGGAGUUGGUACGAUUUGUGUACGAUCCAAUACUUUUACGAAAGAAGAACCACGUGCCUUCACUUUAACAAGACGUGAGAGACGUAUACGUAAGGAGACGUACGUGCGUUUUCUCUUCUCUGGGAGGUUUGUUUCAACGUUAUUUUAUUCAGUCAAGAAGUCGGGAAAACUGCAAGGCUCGCGCUUGGCUAGUCAAAAAUGAUUACUUUUUAUUUGCUGUAGCAUUUGAGCACUUGUGUCUCUUUUUAUUGGACUCCUGGAGAACUUUCCUGGUUUUUUAAUGCAUUCAUCUCUGUCAAUGAAUGAAGGUUCAUGACUGCUGGUAACGUUAGCUGUCGAACCUUUAUUCAUUUUGUUCACUCUCGAUGCAAUGCAUUAACCACAUAUCAAUAGGAAAAACAUGUCUUUAAAGGAAAAGGGCUUAACACGCACGUUGGCUUUAAUGGUGACCUCUGCAGCCAUUGGGGGAACGUUACAAUAUGGAUACAACCUGGCCAUUAUGAACGCACCCACUAUUUUCAUUCAGAGCUUCAUUAAUGAGACCUUUCAAGAGCGAUGGGGGAUCCAGCUGGAGGUUUAUGAGGUCACACUGAUAUGGACAGUUAUAGUCUCCAUCUUCUCACUGGGAGGCUUUGUGGGGGCCCUAGUAGCAGGUCCAAUGUCUAUCCGUUUCGGGAGGAAGAAGACUAUGUUGCUGAACAAUGUCUUCCUAUUGUCAAGUUCACUGCUAGCAUUGCUAAGCCGAACAGCAAAGUCUUUUGAGAUGAUCAUUAUUUCCAGAAUUAUGGUUGGCAUAAACGCAGGCAUUAGUAUGAAUGUCCAACCCAUGUAUUUCGGUGAGAGUGCACCGAAACAUUUAAGAGGUGCUGUAUCCCUGUCCUCAGCUGUCUUCACUUCAUUUGGUGUGGUGUUGGGACAGGUCGUAGGCCUGCGGGAGCUAUUAGGUAAUGAGUCAUGUUGGCAGUACUUAUUGGCAAGUAACGCUAUCCCAGGCAUCAUCCAACUUCUCACCUUACCCUGGUUUCCAGAGAGUCCCCGCUACCUCCUCAUUGACUGUGGGGACAAAGAUGCGUGCCUACAGGCACUGCAGCGUCUGCGAGGCUGCGAUGUGAGCACGACAGAGCUGGAUGAGAUUCUGGAGGAACAGAAUGAAACCAAAGGAGAGCGAGCGAAACAGCCAUGGGACCUCUUUUGUGACCGCAGCGUUCGCUGGCAACUCAUCUCUGUAGCAGUACUGAGCAGUGCCAUGCAGUUGUGUGGUAAUGAUUCGAUCUACUUUUAUGCAUCAUAUGUGUUCCAAGAAGCAGGUGUAUCUGCAGAGCUGAUCCAAUAUGUGACCAUUGGCACGGGGAUGUGUGAAUUCAGCACUUGCAUUCUGUGUAACUUGUUGAUAGAAAGGCUGGGUAGAAAGAUGAUGUUGAUGGGCGGCUAUGUUCUUAUGACAGGCUGUGCUAUAGUCUUUACUGUUGCUCUUUCACUAGAGCAUAUUGUUAACUGGAUGCCUUACUUGAGCAUGGCUUGUCUAUUCUCUUAUAUUCUCAGCUUUGGGAUGGGACCAGCUGGUGUGACUGGAAUCCUCCCAACAGAAAUCUUUAACCAGACAGCACGUCCUGCCGCUUACAUGAUCGCAGGUUCUCUGAUGUGGCUGAAUCUUUUCGUUGUUGGGAUGAUCUUCCCUUUUCUUGUGAGUGGUUUGGGGCAGUAUUGCUUUGUACCUUUUGCGGCGGUAUGCAUCCUGUCUGCAGUUUUUAUUUUUAUGGUUUUACCCGAAACCAAAGGAAAGACCCUACCAAUGAUCAAUAAAGAGUUUUACCAGCUUAACUGUCGUGGAGAGGAGAAGAUGGAUUUUGAGGGGAAACAAGCCCAUUACCAACUAGGGGAAAUUUUACGUUCGACUGCUUUAUAGAGAAUGUCUGUCUACUGUGUUAAAUCUCUCAAUGUUUAAUCUUCUACAAUUCCCUCCCUCUGGCCUUUUUCUUUAAGCUGGAUUUUGCUACACAGUCUACAUUAAGUGAUGUAUCUCUGUUUUCAUCUUAUCUUAUUAAAGAUAUAUGGUUAGAAUA